CUCAGCUUUGAUCCCAAGGGGGAACCUGAAACUGUCACAUUCCUGGCAUAGCAGCGGCCGCCGGCCCGGCCCAGCCCAGCCCGGACAGCCCAGCCCGGCCCACCCAGCGCAGCGCCUCGCAGAGCAGCGCAGCCCCGCCGUGCAGUGGGCCGGUCCUUGCCCGCUGGAGGCGGCGCAGCGUGUCCGGCCUCGCCCGGGACAGACGGACCUGCAGAGGCCGGACAGGCCGCAUUCCCGGGAGCCACAUCGUAGCGCCCAGGGCGCAAACCUCCGGCUCCUGCGGGCGCAGACCUCAGGCUCCGGCGCCGACCCUUCCUCCCUUGGCCGGACCCCCGGGACCAAGCCGAGCUCUGCCAUGGUUGGGUGCCCACGGGAGUCCAGCCACCGCUGAUCUCCAGGCUCCCCCUUCCCCGGCCCCCCCCCGCCCCCCGUGUCGAAAGCCCGGGCCGUGGGCCGAAGCGAAGGAUGAGGACCGUGGAGGAGUCGUCCGGCACAGUCCUCCACCGCCUCAUCCAGGAGCAGCUGAGGUACGGCAACCUGACGGAGAACCGCACGCUGCUGGCCAUCCAGCAGCAGGCCCUGCGGGGCGGAGGCGGCGGGGGCGGCGGUGGUCCCCGCUCUUCCCUGGAGAGCCUCACCCAGGAAGAGAGCCAGAUGGUAGCUCAGUCGGCGAGGCAGGAGCCCCAGGGCCAGGAGCACCACGGCGACCACGUCUACCGAGAGAAUGCCCUCUACCGACUCUACCCGCCACCGAACAAGGGCGAGGAGCUGCCCACCUACGAAGAGGCCAAGGCCCACUCGCAGUACUAUGCCUGUCAGCGGGGGCCCCCGCCCGGGCCGGCCUGCCCCGGCCCCGUCUCCGAGCGGGGACAGCGGAGGGCCUGUGGGCCCGACAGCGGCUGCCGCCAGGACGAGUCCCUGAAGGAACUGAAGCACGGGCACGUCAGGUCCCUGAGCGAGCGCCUCAUGCAGAUGACUCUGGAGAGGAACGGGGCCAAGGCGCCCAACCACAUGACUUCCUCCCACAGCUUCCCGCAGCUGUCACGCCACCACCAGGUGGUGACCCCCAAGGGCCCCCACCCCGAAGGCCCGGAGUCACGGGGACCCCCCCCAGACUACCCCUACGGCACGCCGCCCCACGAGUCCUCCUCCCUCGGCUACCUGGGUGACCCCAGGAUCUGCUCCCGGGGCGGUCCGGAAUUCCAGUAUCCCGAAAUCAGGAUCCUUCAGUCCCAGAUGCCCCAGGUCUUUUUACAGCAGCCACAGCCACAGCAGCCACUGCAGCAGCCGCCGCAGCCACAUCAGGCAGCCAUGGCUCAUAGUUCCUUGGGCUCUCUGACUCCAGCCGGGGUCGAGGCGCUGAUGACAGCUCAGGCGGCGUCGGCUAAUAGCCGCCUGGCCCACAUGGAGGCCGUGCUGCGGGAGAACGAGAGCCUGCAGAGAGAGAAUGAGAAGCUGCUGAGGGAGCUGGAGAACUUCAACGAGAAGGCAAGCCGGAUCCAGAAGCUGGAAACAGAAAUCCAGCGCAUCUCAGAGGCUUAUGAGAACCUUAUGAAGGCAUCCACCAAGCGGGAGACUCUGGAGAAGACCAUGAGGAACAAGAUGGAUGGGGAGAUGAGGCGGCUGCAGGACUUCAAUCGGGACCUGAGAGAACGACUGGAAUCUGCCAACAGACGCCUGGCCAGCAAAGCGCCGGAGGCUCCGGAGGGUGGUCAGAGCCUAAUAGCCAAGCUUCUCGCUCAGAACUACGAGCACCAGCAGGAGCAGGAGAAGCUGGAGCGGGAGAUCUCCUUGCUGCGGGGGUCGAACGAGGACCAGCGGAGGCGGGCGGAGCUUCUGGAACAGGCGCUGGGCAACUCCCAGAGCCGGGCGGCCAGAGCUGAGGACGAGCUGCGCAAGAAGAGGGCCUAUGUGGAGAAGGUGGAGCGCCUGCAGCAGGCCCUGGCCCAGCUCCAGGCCGCCUGUGAGAAGCGGGAGCAGCUGGAGCUUCGUCUACGCACCCGCCUGGAGCAGGAGCUGAAGACCCUGAGAGCUCAACAGAGGCAGAUGGGGGCACCUAGCAGCGGGUCCCCUGAGCUCAGUACCCCGAGGCUGCGUGAGCAGCUGAGGGAGAAGGAGGAGAAGAUCUUGGCGCUGGAGGCUGACAUGACCAAGUGGGAGCAGAAGUACCUGGAGGAAUGCACCAUGAAGCAGUUUGUCAUGGACGCGGCCGCCACGGCUGCUGCUCAGCGGGACACAACCCUGAUCAACCGCUCUCCGCACCAUUCCCCCAACAGCAGCUUGCACGAAGAGCUGCUCCUGGCCAACCACAAGCACCAAGAGAUGGAGAACAGGUUAAAAGCUCUUCACGCGCAGAUCCUGGAAAAAGACGCCGUGAUCAAAGUGCUGCAGCAGCGCUCCCGGAGGGACCCAGGCAAGGCGGCACAGGGCUCCCUGCGCCCAGCCAAGUCUGUGCCCUCCAUCUUUGCGGCCUCGGCGGCCCCAGGCUGGCAAGGCGCCCCUUCCCGGGAGCAGUCGGUGGAUGGGGCCUCGCGCCCGGAGACAGCAGCGAGGGUCUCGACAGAGGAGAUGCCCAGAGGCCCCCUCCCCUCCCACUCCAAACACGGGAGCAAAGAUGGCAGCACUCAGACGGAUGGUCUUGGCGAGGGCCCGGGUGGCCUGCAGGAGGCUGAGCCCCAGAUGUUUCUGAAUGGCACCGGCCUGGGAAUUGCCUCACUCGAAUCUUCAGCCGCCCCUAGGAUCCGGGAUCUUUCUGACAUGGUGGAGAUUCUGAUCUGAAAGGGGCUCAGCCUAGAUGACUCCUGCUCUGUUCCCUGAAAUCCUGUCCCCUUCCCCUGAGGCAUCGUCCACUGGAGCCCCCAGAGCAUUGGCAUCGUCCACUGGGCCACUUCUUGGGGAGUCUUGGUCCUGGAAGCGUAGUGAGACGGCAGUCUUCGGCCACCCCAGCCUGGCAGUGGAGCAGAGCCACUGCCAUGACCAACCUCCGACGACGCCUCCGUCGCAGCCGAGAUGGACCUCCAAGUCGCCGAUGAGGGCCGAGGACCUUUACUCCCGCCCGCCGGGGGGGCCGCGGCGUCCCUCUGGCGUGAACGGAGUUGCUGAGAGUCCAGCCAAGAGGCCGAGUUCCCACAGGAUUCUCAGCCUGCGACUUGGGGGGCUGGGGAGAGUGUUAGGAGAGGAGGGUCAGGUGUGGGGCCGGAGGACAGAGCUGUGACUGGAAGAAGAGGCUGGUCAUUUCCCAUGGAGAUCACCGCUUUGUUCCCAAGGUCUCAAGUUCACAUUGCCAGAAGUCAACCGUGGAUCCGCUGGUUGUGCCAGAAUUUAAUUCCCCUUUCCUCCUCGUUCCUCUCCCACAUACUCUCCUGCCCUGUGGCUGAAACCUUGGGAAUGUGUCCCUUAACCCACUCCCACACCCCAUUCGGGCUGCGUGUACCUGUAGAUAAGGUUAGACAGUAGCCUGUUAUUUUAUUUGUACAUAAUUCUAUGUUUUAUGAGACAGAGACAAAAUGGACAGUGGCCAUUUCGAUUCCUUUCCACCCUGCAACGUCUCUCCUGACUCCGACUCCAUUGCCGGUAUGAUUUUCAGGGACUCUCCCUUCGAUGCCCUGACUCCAUAGUGUUUUCUGUUAACUCUCUUCCGAGUGUUUGCCUUCUGUUCUCUUCCUCCAUUUUGUAUCCUGUUUGUCUUAAACUUGAAAUAUCCGCCUGGAGAACCCUCUGGAUUCCAUCGCCUUUUGGACAGUCUCCCACAAUUUCACUCACUGGAAUUUCCCUUCUGUCCAUUUAGUGGCAAACCAUGAGCCAAGUGGGGUGUGGCUUAUCUGCGGACCCCUCCUCCUCCAGCUUCUCCAGCGAGACACGAGAAGCACUUCGUUCUUAAGGACAUUUUUUUUUUCCCCGGUGUGGUGGCGUCUGGGAAGAGAGACUCCUCUAACAACAUAAAGGAGAAUGGGGUAGAGGUUUGGGUUCAGGUGAGUGAGGCUAAAAAAAUCCCUUUAAAUAGAAGCAGUAUUUUUGCAAGCAGUAUAUCAAUUUUCUUAGCUGGCUGCAGGUUUUGCCCCUCACCUGGGAGGAAGAGCAAAAGACAAGGAUGUAUUUUAGUUGGAAUUCUCCUGGCUACUGGCAGCUGGCUUCUGGCAGUAGUGGAUUUUUGACUUUAAUGAAAGUCACCCUGUUCAUUCUACAGAACAGAUGGUGUGCCAUAGUGCUUUGUUUUCAGAUGUCUCUUUUUUGUUCUUUGCCUCAUUUUUAGAUGAUAUAUAUAUUUUUUUCUGAUUCCUUUAAUUUACUUCUAUAAACAUCUGUGCAUUUGCCGGACAAAAUGCACUUCCUAGUUCUCCCCUUCCACCCCUCCCCCAGACCAUUAAAAAUGCAUUUGGUUCCUGUGCAUUGUUUACAAAGCAGAAAAAAAAAACAAAAACAAAAAGUAUCAUGAAAGAGGAAAAAACAACUUAAUAUAUUUUGGAUUAAUAUUGGUAUUUCUUUUUAAAGUAUUUUUUUCGUGCUGUGAAACUUUCUGCCAAAGACAAUGAAUUUUUUGUUUGUAUGUUUAAAUUAUCGUACAUAUUUAAAUGUAAACUGGGCUAUUUUGUUAUGCCACCCUGUACCAGGAUUGCUGUAGCAUUCCACUUGGUAUAACAGUAUUUUAAUAAAAAAAAAAAAGAACGAAAAAA